UCUCUGUCGGAACAGAUAGCAAAACAGGCAGACGAUCACGAAAAAACUUACUAUGGCAUCUCCAGAAAGAGCUUUGAUAGAAAACACCAAUGGAGAACAGGAGCAACUCAACCAAAAUUCGAUAUCGAAAAAAGAUUCACGAUAUAGUUGGUUUGUCUGCGCUUCUGGAUUUGUCAUACAGGUUUUUAUUCUCGGAAUCCACCACGCGUUUGGAGUAUUCUUUGUUGAAUUUGUAAAAGAAUUCAGGGUUUCAAAAUCUCAAGCAGCCUGGGUUGGCUCCGUGGCCUAUGGUCUGUCCAUGACGUUUGGACCAGUGGUCGGAAUCAUGUUGAAGAGAUGGGGCAACAGGAAGGUCAUAAUGGCGGGCGCCUUCAUUUGUGCGAUAUCUAUCUUAGCGUCGUCCUUCGUAGUUCGUCUAUCACAACUGUUUGGAACUUUCUCAGUCCUAUUCGGAAUUGGCACUUGUAUGUGUACUCAGCCGACUAUGACAAUUGGUCCUGCAUAUUUUGACAAAUAUCUGUCUGUAGCUAUAGGUCUCAUGACUGCCGGAAGUAGCGUGGGGACGCUGGUUAUGGCACCAUUGUCUCAGAGUCUUAUAGACACUUUUGGAUGGAGGAACACCUUCCGUGUCUUCACGGGAUCCUGUCUGUGUUGUGCUUUGUGUGGCGCCUUCAUUAUCCCACUGGACGGAGACACAAAACAGCAGGCAACGCUUUCAGAGAGCGUGGACAUGUCGACAUUUCGGCGGAUGUUGAAGGAGCUGAGAUUGUGGAAAAACCGAGUGUUUAUUGUAUGGACACUUUCAAUCACGUCGGUCAUGUUUGGUUUUUACAUCCCGUACGUACACCUGGUAUCGUAUGCUGAAGAUGUUGGAAUUUCCCCAGAAAGAGGCUCUAUCUUCGUCAUGCUACUAGGCGCAUCAACUGCGAUAGGAAGAGUCAGUUUCGGAAAGAUUGUACAGCUUGGCUUCCUCAACCGUAUCCACAUGCACCAGGUAUCCAUGGUGAUCACUGGCACGGGGGUGAUGCUCCUCCCGAUGAUCAAAUCAUUUUGGGGGAUCGUAACAUACGUUAUUAUCAUCGGACUAGUGGACGGAUGUUACGUUGUGCUGCUUCCAGUCCUAACGACUUCACUGAUGGGACCUGAAAACACCGUUAUUGCCUGGUGUUUCCUCGUCGGGACAAGCUCAAUCACCUUCACUCUGGGACCGCCAAUAGCAGGAGCUUUAUAUGAUCUGUUAGGAUCAUACGAUGUUGCAUUCCAUUGUGCUGGGAUUCCUGUCAUAGGUGGUGCUGUAAUAUUAUUUUUCAUCCCCUGGGCCCAGCGCACCAACACGGUGUAUGAUAUCCCAUCUCACCACAUAGAUGAAUGUGCCGUGAACGAGUACGACUUCACGGACGAUCUUCUGUAUGGACCACGCGACACAUUGCCAGUAUCGUCGUCAUGCACGCUCAACUCUGGAUCGAUGGCGAGGGGAUCCAACAUUUCUCUUCGCGUGUUGUCUCCAUCCCGGGCUAUUAGGACGAGCAUGUACAGAAGGGCCAAGUCGUACAAGGACCAAAGUACGGCUACUUCUCCGGGGUCAGCCAGCCUCAUUCCUACGGACGUACAAAACGCACUAGAUCAGCUCGACAAGACGAGGCAAAUGCUUGAACGAAUUCUCAGCAGGGACCACGAGGACACGAGCAAGCGUUCUGUGAGCGAUCUCAUCCAGACGCAAACACAACAUGGACACAAACCGACUAACGCCGUUAGCAUAAUGUCGGUACCAGUUGGACUGCACAUGUCCUGCUGUAGAUGUCGACAUGACCAACAUGGUGUGGACACAUCUAGGGAGUUUGGCCAGGACUGUCGUGAUUUGUUGUCCCCAGCCUCCGUGACACAGCUGUCGAUGGGGUCAUCAUUCCAGUCCAGGAAUCUUUCUGACUAUCAGGAAAAUACAGAUAUUGUGGGAGUGAUUGCUGGAUACCAUGGAACGGGUUGUCUGUCCCCGGAAAGGAAAGCGAACAUUCCAUGUCCUAGUCGGUCGCCGUGCUCAGUCCAACACGGCCACUGUACACACGAACACUCUGCCUCUCAUACAGACGACAAGUGUGAAGGAGAAGAAUUUGAUAAAGUUGUACGUAGUCAAGUGGAAAACCUGCGUGGGAAUUUGUUGAGUCCCUCCAAAACUCCUCUAUAUGGAGACAGCAAAGAGGAAGAUCUCCGGAGGGAUUCGACAAGUGACUUUCAACUUGUUGAACAGGGCGAGCUGGAGUCAAUAGCUGUACCAGUCUACGCACAAGAGGCACCCUCCCACAAAAGGGAAAGUAUCCAUAAACUUUGUUCGCCUAAGCUUGAGGUCAUUGACGAGGUUCCUGUGGGCCUCACACAAACAGACAAUGCUAUGGCUAACGCAGAAUUUUCUUCUGAAGCUGUAGAAACCUGGCUGAGGAAUUCGCCCAAUUGUACGGAGGUGAGCAUUCCGAUAGACAACGAGAGUUGUUUGUUGGAUAACGACAGCUCCCCGAAUACCGAGGUCACAGUACACGAUACCGCGUCAAGCAGGUCAAGUCCAGACGGCGAAAUUGACGUGUUCACACAUCUAUUUGAUGAUGACGACUCCGACAGCACAAAAUAACAGCAAGUAAAAUCAUUUCACCACAGCCACAUAAAACAGAAAUGAGCCGAGUGUCCACUUCCCGAUUACACCGACUACCAGAUUUGGACUAUGGAGUGUCAGAGAAGGGUUGUACAGCCAGACACAGAAAGGUGUGAACUAAUAGGGGUCAAAGGCCCAUCGAUCUCAUAAAGGACGGCUCUUCCGAAGAAAAUUAAAGAAUACUCUAACAAGGAUCACAUCACAAUUUCAGAAAGACGAUCCAUUUUGCCAAUUUUGGCAUUUGAUGUAGGCCUGUGGCGAUACUGCUUCUCGCCACUGAUAACAGAUGAGACCUGAUGUGGCAAAACUAUCAGUCAUUUUCAGUUUAAUAUGCAAUAUAUGAUCGACUGAAGACUCGUCACGACGUCUAUAAAGAUCUCAGUUAUCCUUGCGAUGCUACCGGAAAUGACGCGGAUGUACCAGUGUGCAUAUAACGGUCCAUUAUUGUCGCGCUGUCUUAAAACCAAAUCACUAUGACGAUCACGUGUAACUGCCAACACUGGUCCAUUAUAAUAACCAUCCCACUGGCAUGGAGCAGGGCCGGGUCACAUUGUCUAAAAGGAUAUCUUAUAUAUGAUUUAAACGCGAUUUGCAAACUAUUGUCGGGUUUGGUACCGAGACCUCAAAGUAUGUGUUAUGGAAUACAGUGAUACAAUACAGCUGUUUGAUCCAUGCACUAAAAGUCUACGAUGGAUCAGUUACGGUCGGUCUCAGUUUGUGUACUAUAUAGUCUACUACGACCCGUUACACCCAGAUUUGUUCAUGUGCUAAUAGUCAACCACGAUCCAUUACAGCCGGACUUAGUUCAUGUGUUACACAUUGGUGUUGAAGAGAGUAAGAACAAGUUUAUAGUCCCUAUCAUCAGUUUACAUUUGUGUUGAAGAGAGUAAGAAAAAGUUUAUAGUCCCCUUCAUCAGUUACACAUUGGUGUUGAAGAGAGUAAGAACAAGUUGAUAGUCUCCAUCAUCAGUUACACAUUGGUGUUGAAGAGAGUAAGAACAAGUUUAUAGUCCCCAUCAUCAGUUACACAUUGGUGUUGAAGAGAGUAAGAACAAGUUUAUUGGUCUCCUUCAUCAGUUACACAUUGGUGUUGAAGAAAGUAAGAACAAGUUGAUAGUCCCCCAUCAUCAGUUACACAUUGGUGUUGAAGAGAGUAAGAACAAGUUGAUAGUCUCCAUCAUCAGUUACACAUUGGUGUUGAAGAGAGUAAGAACAAGUUUAUAGUCUCCAUCAUCAGUUACACAUUGGUGUUGAAGAGAGUAAGAACAAGUUGAUAGUCCCAUCAUCAGUUACACAUUGGUGUUGAAGAGAGUAAGAACAAGUUGAUAGUCUCCAUCAUCAGUUACACAUUGGUGUUGAAGAGAGUAAGAACAAGUUGAUAGUCCCCAUCAUCAGUUACACAUUGGUGUUGAAGAGAGUAAGAACAAGUUGAUAGUCUCCAUCAUCAGUUACACAUUGGUGUUGAAGAGAGUAAGAACAAGUUGAUAGUCUCCAUCAUCAGUUACACAUUGGUGUUGAAGAGAGUAAGAACAAGUUUAUAGUCUCCAUCAUCAGUUACACAUUGGUGUUGAAGAGAGUAAGAACAAGUUUAUUGGUCUCCUUCAUCAGUUACACAUUGGUGAUGAAGAAAGUAAGUACAAGUUGAUAGUCUCCAUUAUCAGUUACACAUUGGUGUUGAAGAAAGUAAGAACAAGUUUAUAGUCCCCAUCAUCAGUUACACAUUGGUGUUGAAGAGAGUAAGAACAAGUUGAUAGUCCCCCAUCAUCAGUUACACAUUGGUGUUGAAGAGAGUAAGAGCAAGUUUAUUGGUCUCCAUCAUCAGUUACACAUUGGUGUUGAAGAAAGUAAGAACAAGUUGAUAGUCUCCAUUAUCAGUUACACAUUGGUGUUGAAGAGAGUAAGAACAAGUUUAUAGUCUCCAUCAUCAGUUACACAUUGGUGUUGAAGAGAGUAAGAACAAGUUGAUAGUCUCCAUCAUCAGUUACACUUUGGUGUUGAAGAGAGUAAGAACAAGUUGAUAAUCCCCAUCAUCAGUUACACAUUGGUGUUGAAGAGAGUAAGAACAAGUUGAUAGUCUCCAUCAUCAGUUACACAUUGGUGUUGAAGAGAGUAAGAACAAGUUGAUAGUCUCCAUCAUCAGUUACACAUUGGUGUUGAAGAGAGUAAGAACAAGUUUAUUGGUCUCCUUCAUCAGUUACACAUUGGUGAUGAAGAAAGUAAGAACAAGUUGAUAGUCUCCAUCAUCAGUUACACAUUGGUGUUGAAGAAAGUAAGAACAAGUUGAUAGUCCCCAUCAUCAGUUACACAUUGGUGUUGAAGAGAGUAAGAAUAAGUUGAUAGUCCCCCAUCAUCAGUUACACAUUGGUGUUGAAGAAAGUAAGAACAAGUUGAUAGUCCCCCAUCAUCAGUUCCACACUUUGGUGUUGACGAAAGUAAGUUUACAUUUUGUUAGUGUCAAUAUAUUAGGGGUGAUUAAGCUGAGGUCUUAUGCAGGUAUCAAACCCUGUCAGAUUAAACUUUCCUCUGAAUUUCAAUUUCAUAAUUAAAUUUGUUUCCUUUAAAUCUACCCAAACAAAUCCGUUUGUAUGUGUGUAUACAAAUUCAUAUACCAACAGUAUUGAAAUUGUAAACUACACUUCAAAUCAUGUACUGUAAUUGGUAUUCAACAAUUGUCUCCGUAUACAUUAACCAUUAAAAAUUACUAACAAAACAUUUUAAUGCAUCAUUGUUUUAAUUCAUUAAGACAACUUUUAAACGUAAGAAAACAGCAAAUCCUAACAAAAUAUCUUUAAAUAUAGCAGUAUACAUUAACAACGAACACUCUUCACAACACAGUGUGUGUCCAUCAGCAGCAGUCUGACGUAAGUCCUUGUCACAGCAAAAUAUAGGGUGUAUCUCGCUUCAUAUCAAUUCACUUCAUUUCCUCAAUGCAUUAGCUGACGGCAGGUGUUUUAAGAAUUCAGCCAAAGUUUCAAUCAGUACCUAACAUUAGAUUAUUAAGAGAUUUUGUAUGGAAACAAUGCCAAAAGAUUGCUCUACAAGACAAAUUCACAUGGAAGCAAAUUCUACCAAUGAAAGCACUUGUAAAACCUAUAUAGCAAAUAACUAAAUAAAUUUCUUCCUGCAAACAGGAUUUCUAUAACAAUAAAAGGACAUUAUUUACUAUUGGCUGCAUGGCAUAAAUAAAACUUGCUGUGCAGACUGACCUUGAGAAUGUAAACCUCCUCACAGUUAGACCCAUCGACACACAAGGCACAGGCGACUGCUUCUGGUUAGUAUUAAUAGAAAAAAUAUUAGCCCCUUCUCCUACUGUAUCAACAAGGUGUAACACUUGAAACCCAGAAGUGGACCUGAGCUUUGAUUCACUUGGAAUUUAACUUCAAUCUGAUUAAGUUAUCAAAUUCACAUAAACUUCAAUAACGUACCUUGGUUUAGAAUCCUUGAAUAUCAAUGCAUAUUGAUCUUUUGUCGUAUGA